GCUGCUGCUACAGCUACCCGGACUUCGCCACCGCCGCGCGCAGCCAGGAAACCCCGACGGACGGUCCAGAGGCGCGCGCUCACCUACUCCCACCCUUUUCCCCGCCCCUUUUCUCUGCUCCUCCCCAACGACGGUGGCCGCACUGGGAGGAAAAGCAUUGAAAAACAAGUUUGAGAGCGGUAAUGCCGGAGCGCGAGCACUGGCUCUACGGCGGGUGCUGCGCGUGCGCAGAAGCGUAGUCGGGGGAAAAGUGAUGUGCUGAGGCUGGAGGUGGAAGCUCGGCGACGGUGAGGUGAGGUGAGACCUGCAGCCGGCUGGAGGGGUAAAAUGGACCAGACCUGAGGAGACUUCUUCGUCCAAGUCAACUACGGACCCAAGAGAAGGCUACCUACGAUGAUUAGAGGAACGAGGAGCUGCUGAGUCAGGGCCAUGGCAGCAUUUUCCACUUGGCUGUGGCACCGAGAAGGGAUCACCUGCUGAGGAUCAUGUGUGCUCAGUACUGCAUCUCCUUUGCUGAUGUUGAAAAAGCUCAUGUCAACAUUCGAGAUUAUAUACACCUCACACCAGUGCUAACAAGCUCCAUUUUGAAUCAAGUAGCAGGGCGCAAUCUUUUCUUCAAAUGUGAACUCUUCCAGAAAACUGGAUCUUUUAAGAUUCGUGGUGCCCUUAAUGCCAUCAGAGAUUUAAUUCCUGCCACUUUAGAAGAGAAGCCCAAAGCUGUUGUUACUCACAGCAGUGGAAACCAUGGCCAGGCUCUCACCUAUGCUGCUAAAUUGGAAGGGAUUCCUGCUUAUAUUGUGGUACCCCAAACAGCUCCCAACUGUAAAAAACAGGCAAUACAAGCCUACGGAGCUUCCAUAAUAUACAGUGAACAGAGUGACGAGUCUAGAGAAAUGGUUACAAAAAGAAUUUUGGAAGAAACAGAAGGUAUCCUGGUACAUCCCAACCAAGAGCCUACGGUAAUAGCUGGGCAAGGAACAAUUGCCCUGGAAGUACUGAACCAGGUUCCUUUGGUCGAUGCACUGGUGGUACCUGUAGGGGGAGGAGGAAUGGUCGCUGGAAUAGCAAUUACAGUUAAGGCUUUGAAACCUAGUGUGAAAGUAUAUGCUGCUGAACCCUUGAAUGCAGAUGACUGCUACCAGUCCAAACUGAAAGGGGAAUUGACUCCCAAUACUUAUCCUCCAGAAACUGUAGCAGAUGGUGUCAAAUCCAGCAUUGGCACAAAUACAUGGCCUAUCAUAAGGGACCUUGUGGAUGAUGUCUUCACUGUUACAGAGGAUGAAAUUAAGCAUGCAACCCAGCUGGUCUGGGAGAGGAUGAAACUAUUCAUUGAACCUACAGCUGGUGUUGGAGUAGCUGCUGUACUCUCUCACAACUUUCAAACAGUUUCUCCAGAAGUGAAGAACAUUUGUAUUGUGUUAAGUGGGGGAAAUGUAGACUUAACCUCCCUAACUUGGGUGAGGCCUGCUGAAAGGCCAGGUCCUUAUCAGCCAUCCAUUUAUGCAAAAUGAGAAGUGACUGGGUGUCUCUACAAACAUGAAAUUAUUGUUUUCCAUAUUCCCCUUAGUUUUUAAAAUCAAAAUGGACAAUACAUAUUUCAGUAAGAUUAAACAG